CGCAUGUGUGUCUGCUCUGCACACAGACCGUACUUUCAGACAGCAAUUCUCACUCCUCCUCACUUCACAGAAACCUCAACCUGCUGUUGCAACUACAAGAACCUGUUCAUGUAAAGUGUAGCUCCUUUUCAGUCAACCACACCAGUAAAAUCCCCAACUGUAGCUCUUUGGUGACUGGAAUUGAAAAUAAGUCUGUAUAAGAUGGCUUCAUCAGAUGUAUGCCCCCCUGAGGAUGCAGUGAAGGCAUUCAUAGAACACUUGGUUGAUUCAAUGCUGCCAUCAAAACCGACUCAAGAUAAUCCCUCACUAUCUCAACUGCAGGAAGUUGCAAAACAAGUGCGCUCUGUUGUGUUACUAUACAACUACUACCAUCGGAAACAGCAUCCAGAGCUAGCAUUUCUGGCAUUUGAUGAAUUUUGCAAGUUGGCUGUGGAUCUGAAUCCAACUCUGUCAGCACAUAUAAAACCCAAGCAGAUACCUGAUGAAAUGAAGCUUGUUGAUGCGGAUGUGCGGCCGUCGUUAAUAGAAAAAGAGAUCUUGAAUGCUUGUAAUAUAUGUGCGUGCUUGGAUGCAUCGAAAAAUGUACCUGAUAUAGAGGGAUGGCCCAUUUCUAAAGUUUCUGUCCUUUUAAUCGACAAUAAGAACGAAAACUUCUAUUUGAAUUUUGGUUCAAUCACUCAGGGGGUAUGGUCAAUGGUUGAAAAAGAUAUGGGUACCUCUGCUCAAAGUUGUGAAGUAGCUACUAAAUUUUUUUAUACAUACAAAAAGAGAAAAUCUGUUCAGAAGACUUCAAAAAAUGAAUUAAAUGUCGGUGAAGACAGAUUUUUGCAAGCUGGGUAUGCUGCUGUAAAGGAAGCUGCAGGUUUGAAUAAGACUGAUAUUAUGCUUAUGGGAAGUUACACUGUAUAUUCUCAGAGCAAGGAAAAGACAGCUUCUCGAUUUUAUAUAAUGAAGUGUUCUCAGACUCAGUUGAUCAAUAAGGAGUUUACUCCGAUUCCUAUCAAAGAUGUAAUUGAAAGGUUGCGGGGUCCUUUGGUCCAAAGGAGUAUUAACAGUUGGAUUGUCACCUCAGCUGUUGAGUACUUCCAUAUGCUUCCAUACUCUGAGAUAAUCUCGGAGUGGAUUUCUAGAGAAACAUCCUCAAAUAGUUUGCAAGCUUCAAAGCUGGCAGAGAAAAAUAUGAUGGUGGAGAGCCCUGAAGUGACAGAAUUGUUUGUAAGUAGCGAGGGCGUGUCUGUUGGCCUUGAUAACCAGAUAAGAUGUGAUACUAUUGAAGCUCUUAAUCAGAAAGAGAACAAUGGCUGCAAGGAAGCGCAGGAUAUGGAUGUGGACAACUCUUCAGUUCUUCCAUCUGAAAAUAUAGAAGAAUGCCAGAUUAUCGCUAAUAAUUUACAAGUUAUUGAAUAUGAAGAAAUAGAAAAUUCAGCUGUUCAACAUUAUAAAAUGGCUUCAUCAGAUGUAUGCCCCCCUGAGGAUGCAGUUAAGGCAUUCGUAGAAUUCUUGGUUGAUCCAAUGCUGCCAUCAAAACCUACCCGAGAUAAGCCCUCACCAUCUCAACAGCAGAAAGUUGCAAAACAGGUGCACUCUGUUGUGUUACUAUACAACUACUACCACCGGAAACAGCAUCCAGAGCUAGCAUUUCUGACAUUUGAUGAAUUUUGCAAGUUGGCUGUGGAACUGAAACCAACUCUGUCAGCACAUAUAAAAUCCAAGCAGAUACCAGAUGAAAUGGAGCUUGUUGAUGAGGAUGAGCGGCCGUCGCUAACAGAAAAUGAGAUCUUGAAUGCAUGUAAUACAUGUGCGUGCUUAGAUGCAUCGAAAAAUGUACCUGAUACAGAGGGAUGGCCCAUUUCUAAAGUUGUUGUCCUUUUAAUCGACAAUAAGAACGAAUACUUCUAUUUGAAUUUCGGUUCAAUCACUCAAGGGGUAUGGUCAAUGGUUGAAAAAGAUGUGGAUACAUCUACUCAAAGUUGUGAAGUGACAACUGGAACUAAAUAUACAUACACAGAGGGAAGAUCUGUUCAGAAGACUUCAAAAAAUGAAUUUAAUGUCGGUGAAGACAGUUUUUUGCAAGCUGGGUAUGCUGCUGUAAAGGAAGCUGCAGGUGUGAAUAAGACUGAUAUUAUGCUUUUGGAAAGCUACACUGUUUAUUCUCAGAGCAAGGAAAAGACAGCUUCUCGCUUUUAUAUAAUGAAGUGCUCUCAGACUCAGUUGAUCAAUAAGGAGUUCACUCCAAUUCCUAUCAAAGAUGUAAUUGAAAGGUUGCAGGGUCCUUUGGUCCAAAGGAGUUUUAACAGUUGGAUUGUCACCUCUGUUGUUGAGUACUUCCAUAUGCUUCCAUAUUCUGAGAUAAUCUCGGAGUGGAUUUCUAGAGAAACAUCCUCACACAGUUUGCAAGCUUCAAAGAUGGCAGAGAACAAUGUGAUGGCGGAGAGCCCUGAAGUGACAGAAUUGUAUGUAAGUGGCGAGGGCUUGUCUGUUUGCCUUGAUAACCAGCCAAGAUGUGAUACUACGGAAGAUCUUAAUCAGAAGGAGAACAAUGGCUGCAAGGAAGCCCGGGAUAUGGAUGUGGACAACUCUUUAGUUCUUCCAUCGGAAGAUAUAGAGGAAUGCCAGAAUAUCACUAACAAUUUACAAGUUGUUGAAUAUAAAGAAAUAGAAAAUUCAUCUGUGCAACAUUACUCAAAUGGAUCCACAAGCCCAUUCGAGUGUUUGUCAUCUCUCAUCCAGCUACAUGGCAUUGGGUUUGAGGCUAAGAAGGUUGAUUCAAUGAUCAUCCCUGAGGGUGGAAUCAAUGAUCAAUCUGCUCUUGAUAAGAUCUGUGCCAAUACCACUCUCGAAAAUAAUUCCAUAGAAGACUGUGCCUUGAUUGCAAAAAAAUCUAACUUGGAUCUUGAUAAGCUCCAAAUUUUUCUUGCUUCAAAGAUGAAGACAUUGUCACAAACUGCCCUCAAUGCUCUUAUAGGAAAGAGGAAUGCACUGGCUCUUCAGCUCCGCAUGAUAGCAGAUGAGAUUGCUCUGUGUGAUAUGAAAAUUCAGAGAAUCAGUGGUGGCGAAGAUGUCUUGGCAUUAAAGAUAGAUUCUAUAAUAGAAGGCUGUAAUGAUACAUGGGUAAGAAAUCAAGGAAGUAUGUGCCCACUUAUUGAGGAUCAAUGCUUUCCUCCAUAUGCUAAGAGGAAAAGAUUGACAGAUGCCGUGCUUAUGCAAAGUCCUUGCCAGGAACUAGAUGGUGUAUGUCAUGCAAAUAACUGGAUCCUACCAACUUAUAGUUUAUCGCAAUCAGCUGGUGGAUUCCAAGCUAAUUUAACAGUUAAAGGACCUGACUUUGAGAGUUCAUGUGGGGGUAACAUUUGUUGCCAUCCUCGUGAAGCUAGAGAAUCAGCUGCUGCUCAGAUGUUGGUCAACUUAAGAAGUAUGGCAAGAUCAGCUCAGUGAAUUUGGCUUAAUUUCGAAUUUGGAAGCGUAGAAAGGGCUUGUUUUUUGGGUGUGUUUGCCUUUGGAUUCUCAAGGUUUUGCAGACAGUGUUGUUAUGGUUGAUUGGUAAAUCGAUCUACAUAUAUUAGGUACCGUUUGUCGUGACUUUUUUUUUGUCUGUCUUAAAAGCUACUUUUAAGUAAAAAGAUUCAACUAAGUUUAAUAAAGCUUCUAAGUAGGUCAAUUUUGAUUUUAUAAGUAGACUUAAAUAUGUUUAGAUCCUCAGAAAUAAAGGGGAAUCUAAAUUGGUCUCUAUCAAAA